AUGGAAUACAUAAUUGGUGGUACUACUGGUUUAUUGAAGGAGGUUAACACCAAAAAUCGCAGUAUUUUAAGGCUUUGUUCCCUCGAAGAUCAAGCCUUAGAUAGAUUUAUCACAACAAUUUCCUGGUCUGGAGGUUUCGGAUAUGGUGAGGAUGAAAUAACUGUUGGAUAUGAGAGCGGAUUAGUUCGUAGUUACAGCACCUUAACCGCUGGGAUUAAUAAGGAAUAUCAUCUGGAUUCGAAAUGCGUUUACGUGACCGUAUUAAGUUCCCAUUUCCACAAGUUUACCAAGGCUAUUUACAGUAAAAAUAAGAACUCAACUUUGUAUCCUAAUUUGACCAUUCCAACCGAUCAUAAACAAUGUAGUAAAACAUUAUUAUCCGUAACACAAAAUGGAUAUAUUUACCUAUUUGACACUGAGAAUUGCCCCCAAACUGUCCCCAAUUGUUUUGCCGAUCCAGAUAAUUCUGACACCGAUAAUACUGGCAGUUGUAAACUCCCAUUAACUAAGAUAAAUCAUCCCUAUUCCAUAGCUGUUUUCAAGUAUAAAUCACCCCUAACUUGUGCUUGCACUCACAGUUUAAUGAAAAAUCGUCUAGUUAUCGCAGGCCAGAAUAAUCCUCCGGCCCUUAUUGACUUGUUCUCUGAAAAAGUGUUAUGGGUUGGGAAAUAUCCACACGAGACGCUUUUAGGCCUUCAAAGCUCACUGGACAUAACAAGCCUUUCCCUCCUAGAGGAGCUUGGCGAUGACAUAAUCUGCGUAGGAACGAAAGAUUCCUUCGUCUAUGUCUAUGACCCUAACAGUCAGAAGGAUCCGAUUUUCCAGUUCAACAUCUGCGACCAGCGGAGUUCAGCUCUAUCGAAGCGUGCUUUAACUCUUCCUGAGCACGAUUUCAACACUAAACAUAGGAAACAGUUGGAUAAGGCUGUUAAUGAGAACUACUCCUCAAAUGACCGUGCAAUUCUCAAAAUUGCAACUAAUCCUCCUUUUAAACUAUUAAAUGGUUCUAAAAAUAGUAAUGAAAAUGACACAAACAAUAUUAACUCUAAUAAUUCUGUAAAUUUCGAGGAAAAAUUAUUUGAUAAUAAUUUAGAAAAAUUAUUUAAUUUGUCAAAUGAUUUUGGCAUUGAGUUGUACAAUUAUCCUAAGAAAGACUACUGUAAUGUGUACAUCAGUGACAACUUUGGCACUGUUUAUUAUCUUCAGUUUCUCACCAAUGAUAAACUCAUUCACUGGAUUAACAAUAAAAUUAACCAAAACUCCAAAAAUAGCUCGACAAAGUCCGUGGAAAUCAUGGACGAAAAGGAGAAACUCAUCAUUGCAGAACACUUGCUCGAGGCUAGGAAACGUCUUUGCACUUCCAGCAACAACGACAAAAGAGUCCAUUACAGACGGAAUAGUUACAAUCAGAUGGUUUGUAGGAUAUUAAGUUGUUACAAUUAUCACAACGGGUCGGUUGUGGAUUUAAAGUGUUCUGGUGACUAUUUGGUUACCGCUGGUAUCGAUCGCUUCACCAAAAUCAUCCACGUUCCCACUCACAAGCUCGUCUUCCAACUUUACUCGAAUCAAAAGCAGUCCUCCAUUCUCCUCAGAAACGAGUCCAUUAUGAAAAAAUUCAGCCAUUCUGAUUUCAAACCUCUUACUCCUCAGACUGACAACACAGUUGAUAGUAGUGAUGAAAUUCCUGCUGAUUCCGAAGAAGAAAGCGAUUUGGAUGAAAGUGAUUUAGAUGAAGACGAUUUAGAAGAUGAAGAAAGUGAUUUAAACAGUUUAGAAUAG